GCGGUUGCGGCUGCGGCUGCGGCUGGAUGGGCUCCGGCCACUUCUCAGCAAACACGGCUGCACCCACGGGGUGACACAUGCCCGGACAGUGGGGAAAUGGUAUGGAUGAGGUGGGUUGUUGCUGUGGAUAAGCAGGGAACAGAGGAAGCAGGCGGUAUUCCUGCAGGUUGUUGGCGGGAAAGUUUGGCCGAGCAGCAGCGGCUCGCUCGGCCCUGUGAGCUUUCUGAUGGCCGCCGAGGGCUUGAGAGGUGUCAAACUCCCGAGGACAGUAGAGGCAAGGAAAACGUCGCGGAGAUGAGGUGGAGGAUGUAGCUGUUGCACGCUUGGUGGGUUUGGAGGCAGAAGGUUGGCUCUGGCUGUAGAAUCUAUGCACGAAGGGGUCUGCCAUUGAAGUUGCAGGGAGGGGGAGAGGUGAAGUGGCGUUGGGGCAGGGGUGGGGGAAAGGCAGGGGUAUUUAUCUUGGCCCACGGGGUGUGCAGUGCGCACACGAUAGACCAGGUGCAACUUCACCUCAUAUAAACGCCCGCACAGGAU